GUGGCAUUGGUGUUGAACAGGUCGUCACGGGUCAUCCCGGGUUUUCUGGGCACCCCGGCGGGAAUCACCACCACGUCACAGCCCUUGAGUGCGGCAUCGAGCUGCUCGGGCCCCAUGUGGCCGGUGACUUGGGCCCGGGUCUCGAUGUGGCUGAGGUCCGCGGCCACCCCGGGCGUGUGGGCGAUAUCGUAGAGAGAGAGGUGGCUCACCAGCGGGCUGUUCUUGAGCAGCAGCGACAGCGGCUGGCCUAUGCCGCCGGAAGCUCCGAGCACCGCCACCUUGGCGUUGUUCUGCGACGAGGUGGACAGGCUCCUGGCCAGGCUGACGGUGGGUCUCACGGCGCGGGAGAACAUGGUUGUUUCUCUUCUUCUACUGACUCACUGAAAGUAACGAAUACCCGAAGAGCCCCUCUCCUCUGUGACACCAACGUCCUCUAGCCGAGAGCGAACAGGAAGCGUCGCCAGCUGUCAUGCGUAGAACAUACGCCGUGCACGUCAGACCACGUUGAUUUGCGUCAUCACGCAGGCGUGCGUCGUUCUGAUCCUAUUCUUGCUGGGGAGGAAAACAAAGCCUGCUAACAUUAGCCGCUUGCUACAUCUCCCUCGGAUAUUGGAACCGUUACAUGAACUGCCAAGGCGCUGCUUGUACCCACACCCUAAUCUAAAGAGUCCACAACACUACCAAUGAUUUAAGAGCACUAGAGGAACUUACAGAUUCAGGAUGGCCAGCUGUGGGGAGGUGGACCACUCUGUUGGCUCCUUGCCAUCCAGUAAAAAAGGUGGCGGCAGCAGUGGUGGUGGCAGUGGGAACAACGCAGACGCAUGUUCUGGUUCCAGCAACCCAUCUCCAGCGCUCUCCGUCCCAGAGUGUGCCAUAUGUCUCCAAAGCUGCGUGCACCCGGUUCAGUUGCCCUGCCACCAUGUCUUCUGCUUCCUGUGUGUGAAGGGAGCGUCCUGGCAGAGCAAGCGCUGCGCUCUCUGCAGACAGGAAGUGCCGGAUGACUUUCUGGAGCGGCCGACACUCCUGUCUCCGGAGGAACUGAAAGCUUCAGCCGGGGGCAGAGGAGGGGCGGCAAGUGACCACGCGUGGUACUACGAGGGCCGAAAUGGUUGGUGGCAGUACGACGAGAGAACCAGCCGCGAGCUGGAGGAUGCUUUCUCCAAAGGCAAGAAGACGGCAGAAAUGCUCAUCGCCGGGUUUUUGUAUGUGGCCGAUUUGGAGAACAUGGUUCAGUACCGGCGCAACGAACACGGCCGUAGACGCAAGAUGAAGAGGGACGUUUUGGACAUCCCCAAGAAGGGUGUGGCUGGACUAAGACUAGACACCGAGGGUGUCAAUGGGGCGCUUGGGGCUGCUGGCAGAGAAAACUCCGCCGAUGGAGCCGAUGCUGCUGGUGGACAACAGCUGGCCGCAACUACACUGCCAUCCAUUCCCACUAUUGCCAGACCGCCUAUCUCACUAGGUGGUCAGCCUGGAAACAGCAGGAGCCCAUCUCUGGAGGAUGCCCUUUCACAGCUUCAGAUUAGCCCCAGACCCACCCCCCCUCAAGAGCGAGCUGGGGCAGGUGAGGGAGAGGAGGAGGAGGAGGAUGAAGAGGCCUCACCUUCCAGGUCAUCUGACCUCCACAUCUCUAUAGAUGAGUCUGGAUCCGGAGAGUGGAGCGAUGACGAGGCGGAUGAGGACGAUGAGGAUGGGGGAGAUGGAGAGCAGGUGGAGCCUUGGGAGGACAGACCACGACGGCAAAGACUGAACCCAGAGGACAGAGCUCUCCCGGGAGCCGAGUCCAGCUCCCCCCCAUCCUCCUCCGGCAGCAGCGGAAGGUCCAGAAUGCCAGACGGUCAGUGUACAAUGACUGAAGUGUAACGUCGUGGCAGAUACAAACAAAGCCUGUCCUCCACAAGUGGCUGUGUUCCAUUCUCUUAAUUUAUUCUUUACUUUGUGGUGAUUUGACUGAGUCACGGAGCAGAUGGUACCAUAGCAGCGAAGCAACAAGCCCAGACAACUUGUUGCGGAUUGGGAUUUUGCAGAUUUGCGUGGCUGAGACUUUCUCCUCUGGGUCAAUAGGCGGCUAUGUUCUUGUUUUGAGGCCAAAAGUGAAGUUUCUACAGCAGAAUAAGUUGUUUUUGUACGAACUGAAGUCCUCUCUGUCCAUGUGGACCGUCGUGUGGGUUGAAAUGGUUCGGCUGGACAUCUGACGUCGGUGUGUUCAGCAUGUUUAUUUUAGAUUUGAGAAAAAGUAGCGGGGAGAUGAGAUAAAUCAGUGAUGGGCUCCAUUUUUGUCUUCGAUCUAACAAUCCUUGACUCUCUCAGCUAACACAGGCCGUGUUAUUGAGUAUGACUGAAGAAAUAUUCUCAGAAAGGACUUCAUUUGGCAGGUGAGCUAACCUCUGGCUUGGCAGUAAAAUGUUGGAGCAAGCCUUGAUCUUUUCUGUCUCAAUUUGGACUGUUACGAAGAUUUAAUUCCCAGUCAUUCAGAAGACUUUAUAGGCUUUCGAUUGCGACUCACCACGUUUCAUGAAAUUAGGUCGGUCAUAGUGUCACUCAAGUGUUUGUGCAUGAGAGUUCUUUUCAACGCUGCUGGUUGACAGAUGUUCUAUUUUGACUGGUAAGAUGUCUUAUUUUCUUUGCAGAUGAUUGUAAAUCUGAGAACUACAGGAGUGUCCGUUUACUUUGAAUUUCUUUUUGCGCUUACAAUAUCGGUUCACUUUUAGACUUUCCAUCCUGAAGAAUAAAAUUUUAAAAACGGCAGACAAUUGUUUCUUUGUGAAAAACACCCACAGCUGUUGAUUAU